GUGUCACCUCUCUGGAAGACUCGGCUCUGUGAGUUUUGGCAGGUUGGAAAAUGCCGCAAGGGCUCACUUUGUUCCUUCGCACACGGCCAGGACGACCUGCGACCCUCCCCGGACUUCGAGUGCACGUCGGUGUGUCCAGUUUUCCUGCACACCGGGAAAUGUGACGCGAAGGGCUGCCGCUAUGCGCACUCCGUUCAGCAGCUCCGGGUACAGCCCCAUCUGCUGAAGAGCAAGAUGUGCAGCUUCCACAUGCUGGGUCGCUGUGUUGUGGGUCCAGCUUGCCGCUUCGCCCACAGUGAAGAGGAACUUCAGGAGGCUCAGGCAGUAGCUGCAGCAGUGAUGAAGCGGGUGCAAGGCAUGGCCUCCGAGAAUGCGCAGGAGCUGCUCAAAACCUCGCAACCUGCACCGCGACCUCGUCCACCGGGAGCCCUCGAGAAAUUUAUGAAUCCCACGGCUCCUGACGAGCCCAAGUUCGUCAAGCUUGAAAUGGAGGUUGUAGAGAUGGAGGCGCAGCCUCAGGAGGCGCAACAGGCCGAUGGAGACUCUGCAAGGCCCAGGUCUGAGGGCAUAAGUCUCGCUGAUAUCCCCGACACGCCCAAAGCGGAAGAACCGCUCAAGGUUGUCAUUGCAGCUUCCUGGGAGCAUGACUUGCUGGAGGAGCCUCCCGAACCUGUCAGCUCUCUGAAGAAUCGCGUGACGGCACCAGGAAACCCCACACGCCCGCCAGUGCAAGCGAAGCGCUCUCGAGCCAGGCGAGUAAUGGUGGACACCAUGGCAGACCUG